AUGCUCUUCCCGCGCUCCUUCAUCGUCGCCCUUCUCAGCGCUCCUCUCCUUGCCUUGGCGCAAAAGCCUAACCCGUUCAAUGUCGCUGCCUCUGGUCUCUCCGCCAGCGCAGGACAGGAUCUUAAGCUUACCUGGAGCCCUACAACCCAAGGCACCGUCUCUCUGAUCUUGCGUAGUGGUGGAAGUGACGAUCUGAAGGCUGGGACGACCAUCGCAAGUCAGUGGCGCGGCCUUCAAAACUCAUCUCCUUGAAAUGUGCUAAGACGCUAUAUAGAAUCCAUCGAGAACUCUGGCAGCUACACCUGGAGCGUCCCUGACGACGCCAUUCGUGGAUCCGACUACACCAUCGAAAUCGUUUCCGACUCCAACCCUAGCGAGACCAACUACACCCCCUACUUUGUCCUGGAGAGCUCCCACACCGGAACUACAAGCCUUGGAUCGGCUACCCUCGGUGCGCCGACGACGUCCUUGUCGCUUUCUACUGCGUCGCCAACCGUCGAGACGAGUGCGUGUGCCUUCAAGCUGAUGAAUGUUUCCAAUGUUACUAACCUUUACACCUUCUCUUAGCUUCCGCUACCAAGAGCGCUUCUUCUGCCAAGACGACUGGCACUGCUUCUACCUCUUCUUCUUCCUCUGCUUCCGAGACUGGCUCCACGACAACUGCGACUUCUGCCGCCACUUCCGGGUCCAAUGAGGCUUUGUCGACUGGUACCGCCUCUAGCACUGUUAGCCAGGCGGGAGCCGCUCGUGCUACGCAGAUCGCUGGUCUGCUUGGUGCCGUGGCCCUUGGUGCGCUUGCCCUGUGA